AUGAUGAAACGUCGACAAAACAUAGAAUUUGUUAAAGAGAAUCUUGUUCAUAAAACAAAAUUAUUAAAAACACAAUUUGAAGAUUUAUCAAAUGAAUUGAUAUAUGAAAUUUUUGAUUAUUUUGAUUAUUUUUAUAUCUAUGAAAUUUUCUCUAAACUGAAUUUACGUUUUCAAUCAUUGCUUAUUGAUACAUCUUUACGAUUAAAAAUAAAAUUAUCUUCAAUAUCAAAAUCUAUUCUACAAAAUCAAUACAAAUCAAUUAUCUAUACGCGUAGAAGCCAAAUAAUUUCAUUGAAUAUAUCAAAAUAUUUUCUUGAAUAUUUUCCAUUGAAUUUAUUUCCUUCUCUUCAGUGUUUAACUAUUCAACAAAUUCAAUUUUAUCAAAUUCUUUUACUUAUCAAUCAUUUAAAUUGUUUAGCGAACUUUUCUUCUCUUACAAUUCAAACAUCUGAUUAUUUUCAAGAUGAAAAUUCUAUUUAUCUUGCAAUAUUUCGUUUAGCAAAAUUAAAAUUCUGUAAAUUAACAUUUCCAUCCGGUGGACAACGUAUACCAUUACCAUUGGCUAUCGAUCAAUGUCAAACACUUGAAUGUUUAGUUCUCAAUGGUCAUUGCCGUCUUGAUCAACUUAUUUCUAUUCUUUCCUAUGUACCGAAACUUCAUCAUUUAGCAUGUGAACAGUUGUCUGGCUCUGAAUAUAUAGACAUAACAAGAAUACCAGAGAAUUUAACAAGCAUUAGUUUAACACCAUAUCGAAUAUCAUUUAAUGAAUUAAAAUUAUUGUUAACAUCAAAAAUUAGUUUUAAAUUGAAGAAAUUAAGAAUAAAAAUAUUUAAUAAUGAAACCUUUUUUCAUGCAGAACAAUGGGAAGAAUUAAUUUUGAAUUAUAUGCCUUGUUUACAUAGUUUUGAUCUACAAUAUACUGGUUUAAUUGAUGAAUGUUGCCAACUAAAUUUAAUUGCUCCAUUUCAUUCAAAAUUUUGGAUCGACCGACAAUGGUCUUUCGAUUACUAUUAUCAUUCUUAUGGCUGUGAUGAUUUAAAUUAUUUGACUUUUUUUUCCAUUGUUUCAUACAGGUCAAAUCAUUAUACAUUAUAUGAACCACUUCAUAAUGAUAUAUGCGAAUCAUUUCAAAACAAUAGUAUUAAUUUUGCUCGUCAUUUGACUAUUCAUCGUUGUGUAGAAUUUGAUAAAUAUUCAAUAAGAUUUUCAAGAGUUACUAAACUUACUCUGAAAAAUAAUUCUAUCAAAAAAAAUGCAUCAUUUAUGAAAAAUAUUAAUUCUCUUGUUCCCUUAAUACAAAUUACGGAUUUAGAUAUUAAAAAUAAUAAUUUAUCGAUUAUUCAAUUAUCUAAAAUUUUAUGUCUUCUACCAAAUCUUCAAUCAUUAUCAUUAUCAAACACUUCAUUAUUUCACUCAAAACAUAAUACAACUGUGAAUUUAUCGUCUCGUAACAAUAAAAUAACGAAAUUGAUCAUAGAUGAUGAUGAUGAAUGGGACAUAAAACAUAUUCAAUUUUUACUUCGAUUAUUUCCCUAUCUACAAUAUCUUGAAAUUGGUAUUGACGAAAAUAAUCUUGACGAUAUUCUGCAAUAUUUAUUAUUAAAGUUCAAAUCUCUUUUCUCCUUAUUUCUUUUAAAUGUGAAUCAUGAAGCUACUAAAAAAAUAGAAACGUUCAUCAAAAGUGAGAAUUUAAUUCACGAUUAUACUAUUGAACAUAUUCGUGGUGGAUUAUAUCUAUGGUGGUAG